AUGUCAUUCGACAUUGAUCAGUUGUUGGCCGAGAGCAACUUCAAGAUGGCCCCAACACUGCAGUACACGGACGAUAUUAGUGAACAGACGAUCAAUCAAUAUAUAAUGGAGCGCGGCGUGCCCUUGGUACUGACGGGCACGAUGGCGCUGUGGGCCGAGCAGGAGCAGCACCAGCUUCACCUGGUGAAUCGGAACGACCCGACGCAGCAGGAGCUGUUCACACUGGAGUACCUCAGCAGGGUGUUUGGCCACAUACCCCUGCACAACUCACCGCGCGACAAUGAGAAGCACACCGACUGCUCCGACUGGACACUGGGCCAAUACAUCGACUACCUCGACAUGAUCCCCGAGGAGCGCAACCCCAAGCACCUCUACGGCAAGGACGUGCCCUGUCCCAAGGAGUGGCAGAACUACAUCGAGACCAACCUGACCAAGCUGCUGGUGUACCGCGAUCGCCGCGCAGACCUCAUCGCCAGUCUGCCCGAGUAUCUCAAGCCCGAGACGCUGAUGCUGUACAUAGGCGCCAACGGCACCUAUACGGCGGGCCACAUGGACAACGUUGGCACGCGUGGACACAACCUGAUGCUUCACGCACGGCCCGAGGAGACUGACGUCAACGCCGACAACACAUUUGCCUACUGGUUUGUCCUGGAGACCAAGUCAAUGAGCAAGGCAAUCGAAUUCUGGUCGGACAAGGGUGGAGACAUAUUCAACGAGUCUCGAUUCCUCAAUCCCAAAGAGUUCAUUGGUGCCCCCUUUGACGUCUACGUCAUCAGACAACGAGUUGGCGAUCUAGUCAUCAUCCCUCCAAGUGCCGUGCACCAAGUUAUCAACAUUGGAGGACCAACGAUCAAAGUGGCAUGGAAUACAUUGCCAGUGAGCUGUGCACCAAUAUCAUACUACACGAUGUUGCCUCUUCAGCGAUCGAUAUCCAAACCUGAGAUCUACAGAGUAAAGGCCACGAUAUAUUACUCACUCAAGAAGAUUAUGGAGAAGCUGGCCGACGGCCUCGCCGGCAAUGAGGAGGGCAAGUUGAUGAAUGAAUAUGUCGAGCCUCUACUCGGCAUCCUGCAUCACAUCCUGCAAUCAGAGUCCAUCUUGAUACCCAAGCCAUCAUACCCAUUCGCUGCGCCCGGCGAGACCAUCCCCUUCCUCAAGCCAUUCAAGCUGAUCACCACUGAGCUCAAACAUGACCGCAAGUGUGAUCAAUGCAACUGUGACAUAUUCAACCGAUGCUAUACCUGUCCUCUCUGUGAAUCUAGGGACUUCUGCUUCGACUGCGUGUCGCAUGGCAAUGGAUGUGAGGAUCACUUUGCACAGAUGGAGUUGAGAGAGUUUAUCUCUCAUCAUAAGAUGCGCAAGGACUUGGACACAUACUAUGAUAUAUACAAAGCAUACCUCCUGGCUCAGACCAAACAGAAGAAGCAAGAUCACGAAGAUAUCGACACACUGAUCACCAACAAACAGAAUGCCAUCGUCCAAAAAUGUGGAUUCCUAACAACCGCCACCAUUGCCUAUCACGUCGUCUACCAUGCCAACAAAAAGGAGAAGUGCCAUCAAUGCACGACAUUACUGCCCAAGUUCUCGGUGGUGUAUUGUACACAUUGCCGUAAACCUUAUUGCGAUAGGUGCGUGGCAGGAUAUAAUGUGGACUUCUUCCAGAUUGUGUCAUCGGGCGAGUGGAAGUGCUUCAGUUGUCUCGGAACAUGUUUAUGUACACCAUGUGUAACAGGUGUUUUAAAGAACGACAAUGAGUUGAAGGCAGCAGACAGCAAGAGCAACAGCAACAGCAUCACCGGCAACACCAGCAAUGGAAUAUUCAGCAACAGAACAUUCCACAACAUCAACAACUUGAUGUCGAUAUCAAACAACAACAACAGUGAGCAAGACAACAGCCAUCACGAGAACAUGGCACACAAGAUUAGAAGCUUCAGUAUGAGACGGUGCAAGGUCAACCCGCCACCAUUCGCACCGCCACUGGAAGAGUACAACACAUCGCUGCAGUACCAACAUGUGUUGGCGUACCAGCCAUCGACAUUCACACCCAACAUCCAACUCCUCACGCCCACCACGCCGCCACUCAAAGCAACCAAGACCAACUUCACCGACCUGACCUCAUCGUCAUCCGCCUCGGCAAUAUCCGAGCCAAUAUUAUUAGUGGUACCGCCACCUACCAAGACUGAACAAAAGCCAACUCAACAACAGACACCGCAACAACAACAGCCAGCGCAACAACAACAACAACAACAGAAACAGCCACCACAACAACAACAACAGCAACAGCAGCAACAGCAGCAACAGCAGUCCUCGCUGGUCCAGAGCACCCAGACACCUCCGCAACAAAUUACACCAAGGAGGCCAGGCAGACCAAAGGGCUCACUCAAUCAUAGCAACCCCAACAACCCCAACGCCGCGACCACACCUCCCAAUAGCACCGAGAAGAAGCGACCAUUGACAGAGUCGACGACGUCCAACAAAGGAAGGCCGCCAAAGAUACUCAAAGAGACGACAAGCGAUACACACAAGUCGGUCUGCGCGAUCCUCGAUGCACUGAGGUCGCAUAUCCCCUACCCUACACAUGCAGUGACAGCGCCCGACCCACUGCCCACGGCCGUGCGACUCUACGUCAAUCACAAGGACAAGCUGGGCGGGCUUCUCUGGGCCAAGACCGUGUCGUGUCCCUGGAUGCCAUGCGUCUGGGUGAAGGACCUUCACGUUGUGCCCUCCAGCCUCAAGCUGCUCCCAUCACUCGCUGGCAAGAAGAUCAUCGUGGUGUUCUUUGGCCAGCCGGACGACUUUAGGAUCGUGGGCAAGAAGUCGACGAUGACCUUUGUCGAGGCCACCGAGACCAAUCUGGUCAAGUGCGGCGAGGAGGUGCUCCAGCAGCUGGAUCUGCUGUUCAACAUCUGCACGCCGACCGUCGCGACCAAGGUGGAGUUCAACGAGUUCAACUAUCAGUCGCAGAUCGUCGAGACGGAGGAAGGCGCCCUCGUGGCUGGCACGCCAGGCAAUGGCAACAGGAUGAUGGUGAUACCAACGAUAACACCAACACCAUCGCCGGCAACCACCACACCCGUAGCGCAUCAAUCUCCAAAACUGGCUAGCUCAGCCCCUGUUGUGUCUGAUGUAGCUGCCACUGCAGUGGCUACAACGGAUACCAAGAUGCAAGCGGUACCAUCUCCGGCCAGUAUCUCAACAUACACGCCACUCGACACCACUAUCUCUGCCGCCCUACAUGUCCUCGAACAGGCCAGACUUUCAACUACUACCACUACCACCACUACCACCACCGCUACAAAGCACACUGCACCAAUGGUCAUCCAACGAUCGGAUGUCCAUCAUCCAAGUUGA